ACGUCCAAUUGAUGGUUUGAUAACUGUAAUUUUGGGCAAUCGAGUCGAGAGAUAGGCUUGACUAUGGCGCUGCAGGAGAACAUCAUCAUCACCGGCUCGAAUACUGGCCUGGGUUUUUGGGUCGCAAGAUUGCUUUCGGAUAGACCUUAUCAUAUCAUCCUGACAUCACGAACCUUCGAAAAGGCUCAAAAUGCGGCGGAGCAAUUGAAGGCCAACAGCAAAGGCGCCACUUUUGCGGCGUAUUUUGCGGCGUACGAGCUCGACGUGUCAUCGCCGGAUUCCGUUGCAAGGUUCGGUGAACGGAUCAGAAACAGCUACGGAUGCAUCGACGUACUCCUUAACAAUGCUGGCAUCAACAACGACCCGUUCAACAUUGUUCCGGCCGACGAUCUUUCCACGGAAGCGACCCGGAAGCGAUUUCAGCUCGCUCAAGACAUCUUCGCCACCAACGUGUUUGGCGCCGACGCGCUCACAUAUCAGAUCUUACCACUUCUGAAAAAGUCCAACAAUCCGCGCCUGAUUUUUAUCACUUCUGCCUUGGGUUCGAUAACUCUGAACCUCGACCCCUCCAACGCAUGGCACGGCGUGACGUCCUACAUGUAUCGCGCCUCAAAGGCUGCUCUGAACAUGACGAUGACGAAUUGGCACAAGCGACUUGGCGCUGAAGGAGUGUCAGUCUGGGUCGUGUGCCCCGGUUGGAAUGCAACAGAACUAGGCGGUCUUGAUCCUGACAAGCUUAGAAAAGCUGGGGCUUCAGAUCCACAAGUCGGAGCAGGAAUCAUCGUCGACGUCGUGCUUGGGAAGAGAAAGGGUGAAGAGGGAAAAGUUGUUUCCGCAGAUGCUGGUCGACCGAUUGUUCACCCGUGUUAGCCCAUGUUGUCAAGGAAGUUACGAAGUGAAACAAGAUGAAAACCAGACGCCUUGAUUAUCUACCCUGGACCUAACUUUGUGCAGAGAGUACCUCAUUAUUAUGAUUUUUUCACGGGGCCAUUACCGUUACUGGACAAGUUACUGAUGAAAACGACAAGCACCGCGCAAUACGCCGCAGCUGCAGCAAAUAAUUCAUGUCUCCUAGCUUUAGUCAUAAGGCUCAUCGCGGCGGAAAACAGCAGUGUGAAGACGAUGAGAA